GGAAUUUCUUCUUAAUUUUAUUAAUGGCUACAAAAGUUUUAAUGUCAGGCAUACAACCAACUGGAACAAUGCACAUUGGAAAUUAUUUGGGUUUCCUCAGACAUUUUGUCAAAUUGCAGGAAAGUGAAGAUUACGAUCGCCGGAUAUUAAAAAUUGCUGACUUGCAUGCUAUUUCUACGGGUUUUGUGCCAUCAAAAAAGCUUAGGGAGCAUAUUUGUCAAACAUUGGCUAUUCUUCUUUCUGCUGGUGUUGAUCCUUUCAGAACGAUAAUAGUUCAACAAAGCAGAGUGCCUGAACUUACCGAAUUAAUGUGGAUAUUGGGAACUGCGACUACUUUGCCUUCACUUACUGGCCUCAGUCAAUUUAAAGACAAAUCAAAAAGUUUGAAGGCUGUCCCAGUCGGGCUAGCCACAUAUCCUCUUUUGCAAGCAGCCGAUGUGCUAGGUUACCAUUCUUCUCAUGUUCUUGUUGGGAGUGAUCAAACACAGCAUUUGGAGUUGCUUAAAGAGAUAACGCGGUCUUUCAACAGUAAAACUGGCACAGAAUAUUUCUCGAUUCCGGAACGGGUUAAAUUUUAGGGAAAACUUGCUUUGAGGCACAGACUCCGAUGUGGGCGAUAUUGUAUA